AUGAAAAGGAUAACAUCUACGACAUCCACAUCGUUAUCUCAUAAUAAUAAUCCUGAUAUUCCAUCUGUUAAGGAUUCAUAUUCUCCAGCGGUUAGCCCUCAUGAUCUAUAUUCCUAUUCAUUAAAGCUAUUAAUUUUGGAAUAUAUUAAUGAGCCAAGGUUUCAGAGCUCCAAAUCUAUUAAUAUUGAUCAGAGACAGUCCUCACGUGAACGGUAUGGUGAUCUAAACAAUGGGAGAAUAACAAGAUUAGGCUCUGGAGGAAAUAACAUAAUAAAAGAAGAAAAGAAUGACGAUACCGCUUUGGCAUUGUUAAAAGGUAAACUUGAAUUAUAUUUGAAUAAGGUUACUAUCAACCAAGUCGGUAUAACAAACCAAGACUAUAGAAGAAGUUUAAUGAAGUACUACAAUGAUUAUUAUUUGAACCCAACCCUUCGAAAAACUACUGAUGAGAUAAUAAGGCCUGAGGAUAUGAUAGUAUAUUUUUCUAAGACAGCCAGUAACCAACUUACAAAAUUUCAGACAGGAAAUUUCCAGUAUGAACUCUAUAAUCAAAUUUCUAAAUUUAUUUUUUUAUUGAUUGAACUUGCAAACGCCUCACAAGCUUCAUCCAGUUUUAUAAAAAGAUUAGAGGAUUAUGAAAGGUCCUUGAAAAGUCCAGGUCCAUCGAUACAGGCUAAAAGAGCCUGUAUAUAUCAGGAAUCAAAUAUAGGAUCAUUAGAAGAUCAAGCGAAUAUAUCUGGAACACUGAAAAAUAUUCCAACAUUCAGAUUAGAGCAAGUUACCCAUUCAUCAUAUUUUGCUGAAAUAUUUGAUGUUGACCCUUUGACACUUCAACAAGAUAUUAUUAAGAUAUCUAAAUAUGUAAAUAAUGAUCAAUAUUGUAGAGAGUUGAGACAAUUGAGUAAUUCUGUUAAAAAUGAUAAGGGACCCCUGGUCAACAUCGAUUUUUCAAGUAAUGAUGAUUACGAAUUAUGGAAAUCAUAUAUAUUGAAUGAGAUGAAUAUUUUGUUCAAAAAAUAUGAGACCCGUUCAGUGCAAGCAGGUCAGAGUUCAGAAACUUUCGAAAUACUCCCAAAAAAUCCGAGGGAUAUGUUUACAGCUCUAAUGGUGAAGGUGUUUGCAAAAGAUUGUAAUAACCAAUCCACAUCUUUAAAGUUAACUCAAGACGCAUUAUUCUUUCUUUCAAAAUAUUCAAAAUAUUGGAUGGUUGAUUAUUAUUCAACUUUGGCAUCCUUAAUUUAUACAUCAAUGACUUUGACAGUAUUGGGAAACGAGCAAAUUAAUGUACCUCUUGCUGAGAAUCUUUUCAGUAUGAUUGAUCUCAAAAUAUUAACUAAAGAUGUUUAUAAAAACACAUCGAUAUGGAACGACGGAGAUCAGAAACAGUGGAUAAUUAAUAUGUUAUUUAUUGAGGAGCAAUGUAUGAAUUCAUUAGAUAAUCUUCUUUCAGGAUUAUUUACAAAAACGAAACCUAAAUUUUCCCCUAUUUUGUCAUUUUACUAUACCUAUAUUGAGACAGACCCAGCAAUUGUGAUGUUUAAAAAGUAUACAGAUUAUACCAAUAAAAAUGCUAUUAGACGACUAAAGAAAACUAUUUUCAAAUGCGCAGAGAUAUAUUAUAUAUCAUUAUUAGAUACUCUCCCUAAGGAUAAGUUCCUUGAACUCCACCAUAUACAGGAGGUAGGGGAAAGUCUUCUCCAAAGUAUCAAAGAUAUACAAAAACGAUAUACGAAACCGCUGCUCGAUAAAAUUAAUAUUGCAUUUAUAUCGGCGGAAAUGCUAAUAACGGCAUAUGCCACUGAUUUCCCAUCAAUGAUAAAGAGAGCCGAGAGAUAUUAUAAAAUAAAUAAUAAUGAAUCAAUUGCUCCUGUCAAUGCGCUAGAAUUAUAUAGUUUACUAAAAGAACUAAGAGAUAUUUAUAUCCAGGUACAAACAAAACGUCAAUUUCCGUUUGAUUUAGAAAACAUGUUCUAUAAAUACAUGCGUAAGAUUAUUAGAGAGAUUAUAAAAAAUAUUAAAGGUGUCAUAAUUACCUCUUUAAAAAAUGAACGCUGGGAGAGAAUCAACAACGAAACACCUUUUAGUCAUUCAGUGCUUGAUAUAUUUAAAAUGGUGAACGAAUCUAUAGAGCUUAUAAUAAACUUAGGCUGGGGAAAUUUCUAUCAAUUGGCAACAGCUUUUACAUUGAUUUUGAAGGCACUUUCUGAUGAUAUUAAGAUUUAUUCACAAAGUACUUUAAAAUUGAUCCAAAAAGAUUUACGUCAAUCAAGUUUUGAUGCCUUGAAAAACACCAUUGAGGAUCAUAACUUAGAAGAACGUGUCAUGGGGUCAGAUGUAAAAGAUAAAAAAAGAUGGACAUUCCAUGAAAUGAAGAAAGCAUUGAUGUCACAGCCCGAAAAAAGGGUUAUACCACCUACAUUUGAAUACAGGGAAGGGACCUGUGUAAUGCUAAAUGACCUCGAAACAAUGAUAAAAAUGGUAAAUGAACUAGAUGAGAAACUUGAGCCUGAAUGUAUUUCGCAAGAAAUUGAGAAUGGUAACUCAUCAAAUGACUUAAAUGAUAAGAAUAUUACCGAUUUAGAUGUACCUUUACAUCAAGUAUAUUCUAUUCGAGUGGUAGAAGCUAAAGAUAUAAGAGGCUAUGGUAAAGAUGGGAUGUCAAAUGUCUCUGUCUCCUUACGAUGUAGCACAAAGCAGAGAGAAUCUGGUAUGACAAGAGUUAUUCCAAAAACUACUAAUCCCAUCUGGGAUGAGGAAUUUGAAAUUCAAUUACCUUUCAACAGUUCGUCAAAUCUUACUUUCAAUGUCUGGCAUCACUCUUCAAGUAAAUUAAAAGCUUUCACUGGGGAUGAUAUAUGUGGUAGAGCAAAUUUGACAUUGGAUCCAAAACAUUUUACAGAUGAUGGCUUCCCAAACAGCCGUACAUUGGACUUAGACACUCAAGGGCAAUUGUACAUCCAAAUCUCGUUAGAGACAGAGAAAUAUGACGCAUUAUUCUCUUUUGGAAGGUCAUAUAGGCUCUUAUCAAGAAGUAGAGAUAGGGCAGUUGAGUUACUUGUCGAUAAAUUUUCGUCAUAUGUCUCCUAUUCGAUAUCAAGACAGACUUUACAAAGUAUCUGCGAUAAUACACAAAGUCUACGUCCCACUGAUGAUAGUAUUUAUGAUGCAAUAGUUCCCUUAUUUGACUACCUGAAUUCAAAUUUAACAAUACUGGCAACACAGCUAACAGAUGAAUUAUUGAUUAUGGUUAUGUUGAAAGCAUGGUUUAGUAUCUUAAAGACCGCGGACAAUCUUCUUCUGCCGCAAUUAUCUAUUGCGAAGAACAAAUUAGCCUUGACAAAAAAUUCUCUAUGGAAGCAUGAUAGUACUGCACUUCCUGGUUAUGGUAGACCAUUGACCAUUAAAGAAGUAGAAAUAGUUUUCAAUUGGUUGGAUGCCCUGUGUAUUGAUUUCUUUUACAACAAUGGUGAAGGGCCUCCAUUACAAGAUUUGAAAAAUAAAGAUUACCAAAAGUUACUGCUAAUUCCAGCAUUUUAUGAUAAAAGUUCUGCAGAAUUGAAAAAAGAAAUUCAAAGAUUAACACCGUCAUAUUAUAAAUUUAUUGAGAAAAAGUACCGUGAUAACAACCCUAACAUUGUAAUUAGUAGAAAACUCACCUCUGUUGAAAGACGUAAAACAAUUAUGAAAACCAGUUUCCGGAAGACUAAAGAACAAUUGGACAGAGAAGCGUCAGAUGAUUGUAUUAAUACAUUAGAACGUGAUUCAGAACUUUUAGAUAUUAUACUUAGGAUUUUAAUCUCUAAGAAUGAGACAGACUUUGUAUAUCAGCAUUUACACGAGAGAAAAUUGAAAAGGAAAAUGAUAGCUAUUACAUCAAUUGCAGACAAAGUUUCAAAAGGUCAUAGAGUUAAAUAUAAAAAAUGA